AUGGAUAUUAAAACCGCUGUUGACGCCUUUGGUGUUCUUGAAAAGGUCCAGGAGCUCGGCGCGAAAGUCCAUGAAUUGAGUGAGAGACCAAUGGAGCCCGUAAUCUCAGUAGAGCAAGACCUCUUCUAUCAUGGCAAAACAAUCUGGCUUUUCACGUACAGCGACUUGAAGACCAUCGUCGGGCCAGAGACAGCCUUUGGGAUCCUCAGUGCUCUUUCAGGAUCCAUCCUUACGACGAAUCAGUCUCCAGACUUUUCCGCCAUUCUCAGCCGGAUACCAAGAGUUGCAUUUUGGUGCUGGAUCAACCUUUUACCCUUCGCCAUCGACAACCAACGACAACCAGAGGCGAUCGAGGAAGAUAGGGAGAAUAAGCCAUGGAGAUCUAUGCCGUCCGGAAGACUGUCUGAGAAGCACGCCAAAUGGCUGAUGUGGAGUCUGUAUCCUGCAGCAAUCGUUGCGAGUCUGAAACUGGGAGGUCUGAAGCAGUGUUUGGCACUGAUAUUUCUGGGUUGGUGGUACAACGAUCUGGGAGGUGCCGAUCACAGUUGCAUAACGCGGAACUUCAUCAAUGCCUGCGGCUUUCUUUCUUACGCAUCCGGUGCAACUGAAGUCGCUUCCAGAACCGAGUUGUUGGGCAGUCCCUUCAAGCCGAUUGCGUGGCCGUGGUUUCUCAUCAUUGGUGCUGUUGUCUUCACCAGCGUACAAACCCAAGACAUGUACGAUCAAGCCGGUGAUGGACUGCGCGGAAGGAAAACAGUUCCGCUUGUGGUUGGAGAUCAUUACGCCAGGUGGUCGAUUGCUAUCGCGAUGGCAGUCUGGUCUGUCGUCUGUCCCACCUUUUGGCAGUUGGGUCCAGGCGCUUAUGCGAUGUCAAUGAUUACCGGUGCUAUCGUCAUCUUCCGAACUCUCGCUAAAAGAUCAGUUUCAGCCGAUAAAAUGACCUUUCGGAUCUGGAAUCUGUGGAUGGUCAUGCUUUAUUUAAUGCCACUGUUCAAAAGGAUCAAAGGGGACUCCUGGCUAUGA